UGUCUCACUCUGGCCAGUGCGACAACAGAGCUUCUCUGCGACUUCCUGUAUAAUAAGGUUAUGAACAGAUUUCACACCCGCUUCCAGGCCUCUGUCUUCAGGUCCGUUGUGCGCCAGGAGAUUGGCUUCUUCAGCACUAAUCGAACAGGUGACAUCACUUCCCACAUCUCAUCCGGCAUCGAUUCCAUGAGCGAAGCCCUCUCACACGAUCUGAGCCUCCUGAUGUGGUACCUGCUCCGGGGUAUCUGCUACUAUGCCAUGAUGCUGUGGAUCUCUGUGCCUUUGGCCUUAUUCAUCAUUGUGACCCUGCCCUUCAUCCUGCUGUUGCCGAAAUUCUCGGGGAAGUUCUAUCAGAGGUUGGCCACGGAGGUCCAGGAAUCCUUAGCUAGAGCCAACGAAGUUGCAAUGGAGACCUUCCAGGCCAUCCCCACCGUCCGCAGCUUUGCCAACGAGGAUGGGGCUGCUCAGUGUUACGAAAAGAAGUUGCAAGAGACCUACAAACUCAACAAGGUGGAGGCCGUGGCCUACGGGGCCUCCGUAUGGAUUCCUGAGAUCUUACAACUGGCACUCAAAGUGGGGGUUCUCUACUAUGGGGGAUACCUGGUCACUCAAGGGAAGUUGACUAGCGGAGCUCUCGUUACCUUUGUCCUGCAGGAGGGUGAGCUUUCCACAGUGGUGAAGGUCCUCCUUUCAUAUUACCCUUCCAUGCAAAAGGCCGUAGGUUCAUCGGAAAAGGCUUUUGAGUACAUGGACCGGACACCCCAAAUCAAGCCUUCGGGAACUUUGGCACCCACAAAUUUAGAAGGAUGCAUGGAGCUUAAAGAUGUUUCAUUCUCCUAUGGCAACAAUGGCAACUCUCUAGUGCUGAAGGGGGUGUCUUUCAAGCUGUGCCCUGGUACUGUGACUGCCCUGGUGGGCCCUUCCGGGUGUGGGAAGAGCACGGUGGUGGCCUUGCUCCAAAGGUUUUAUGAGCCCAGAGAAGGACAGGUGCUGCUGGAUGACGAGGACCUGAACAAAUACGAACAUCACUUCCUGCAUCAAAAGGUAGCGCUGGUGAGCCAAGAUCCCGUACUUUUUGCCCGAUCCUUGGGUGCCAACAUUGCCUACGGCUUGCAAGAGCAAUGUGAAGAGAAGGUGAUCCAGGCUAGUCAGCAAGUAGGAGUCCAUCGCUUCAUCUCCACAAUGAGCCACGGCUACGAUACAAAUGCUGGGGAAGCAGGAAAACAAAUUUCGGGGGGGCAGAAGCAAGGGAUUGCUCUUGCCCGGGCUUUGAUCCGAAACCCCAAAGUGUUGAUUUUGGACGAUGCCACCAGCGCCUUGGACACCGACAGCCAGAAACUGCUGGAAGAAGAAAUCUACAAAGAAGAAACUCGCCGCCGCCGCACCGUUCUCCUGAUCUCCCACCGGCUCCGAAGCGUGAAGCGGGCUAAUCUCAUCCUGGUCAUGGAAGACGGGGAGAUCCGCGAGAGGGGGACCUACGAGGAGUUGGUGGAGAAGAAGGGGCUCUUCUGUCAGCUACUGCGGAAGCAGCCGAAUGGGGCAGAGGAGGGCAGGAGCAGCAGCCCCAAUGGGAACAAUAGAAAUUGAUAACGGGGGGUGAGAAACAGGCGGGAACGAUCCGGUCUGGAUCCCAAAGCAGCACUUAUCGCUCCCUGCGAGCAUCGCACAGCGGAGAGACAUCUCAGCAACGCAACACUCGCCACCGAUUGACAGUUUAUCCUUCUGAAAGUUCUAAA